GCGUGGCUGGCAUCGGAAAGGAUUUGGCUUUUGCACCGUGGGGGUUUCACACCAGCCUCGAGAUGCGGAUCCGCCGAUCCCGACACCGGCAAGUUGCGCAUCAGGCUCUUCAAUUCUGGCGAGGAACUGCUAGUCGACGAAGAAGAUGUCGAGAAGGCAAAUCCACCGCAAUUCGACAGAGCGGAGGACCUGUCGCAGCUGCGAUUCCUCAACGAGUCAUCGGUGUUGCAUACAUUGAGACAGCGCUAUGCCAGUAAUCUUAUUCAUACAUACGCUGGCGACAGUAUGAUCGUCAUCAAUCCGGCUGCGCCUUUUGCCAUUUACUCGGAGAAGGUGAUGCAGAUGUUUAAGGGAUGCAAGAGCGAGGACAUGCCACCGCACAUCUACGCAAUGGCGCAAUCUGCCUACAGGGGAAUGCUAGCCAGUCGCAGGGAUCACUCUCUUGUCUUUCUAGGGCGUAGCGGUAGUGGAAAAACCACGAAUUUCAAGCACGCGUUACAUUAUCUUGUACUCGCUGCCGGCACCGUUAACAAGAUCCUCACCAUCGAGAAACUCAAUGCCCUCUUCACAGUCCUUGAGGCCUUCGGCAACAGUCGCACCCACAUGAAUAUGAAUGCUACGCGAUUCACGCAGCUCUUUAGCUUGGACUUUGAUCAAUCCGGACAGAUUGCCUCGGCAUCUCUACAGGUCCUGCUGUUGGAGAAGUCCCGAGUUGGCCGACGCUCUAGCGGUGACCCGAGUUUCCACGCGAUUUAUCGUCUGCUUGCCGGCGCCGAAGGCACUCUCCGCAAGGAACUCCAUCUGACGAAUCUCGUCGCCGAGAACAAUCCAUUCAUCACCCCAUUGCAAAAGCACGAGGACAAACAACGCGCGCAGGUUGAGUUCAAUCGCAUUGUCGCAGCAUUCCGCAUCCUCGGUGUCACCGAGGCUGAGGAGAAGGCCAUUUGGAUCGUUCUGGCGGGUAUCUACCAUCUGAGCUGCGCGGGUGCCGUGAAGGCUGGUACGAGCUCCCAGAGUCGCUGGCAAUUCGCUCGAGUCGAGUGCGCCGAGAAAGCAGCAACGCUUCUCGGGACAAGCGUCGAGGAGCUCAGUCGACUCGUUUUCUCAGCGAAUGGUGCAGUCGUUGGGACGCCCAGCACGCCCAGGCCCGCCCUUAGGACACCCAGUCCAACCGACCAAAGCAAGGACCUCACCGGUCUUGACGCACUUGAGGGUUUGCUCGUGGGAUUAUACUCGGAGGUUUUUCAUUGUAUAGCUGCUCUAGUCAACAAAUCCAUAACUUCACCGGUUCACACAGUGUCCUCGUUGUUGCUUUGCGAUGCUCCAGGAUUUCAAAAUCCUGCUACCUGUGGGCGUCAAACGGGAGCAUGUUUUGAAGAUCUGUGUCAUAAUUAUCUUCAGGAACGUUUACAGCUUCUAUUUCACCAUAGUACUUUAGUUGCACCCAAAGAUAGAUAUGUACAAGAGGGGAUUGAUAUUGAUCACGAGGAUGAAAUUGAAGAAGGAGUUGGAUCGCCUCAAGCUUUGGUUUCCUUACUAGAUAGAGGAAAUUCGCAAAGUGCUACAAUGUUACGAACAAGUCAAAGCGAUCUUAGCAGUAGCAGACAGAUGGAAAGAAAAGGACUGUUGUGGCUUCUUGAUGAAGAGACCGUUUGUUCUGGAGGAAGCGACGAAAGCUUUUUGGACAGAUUAUUUUCUCAUUACGGGGAUAGAGAUCAUCAAAUGCUGCUUAGAAAAGCUCCAGGGAACAAUCAGUUUGUAUUACAACAUUUGCAAGGAACAAAUCCCGUUCUUUAUACAGCGACUGGUUGGCUAAAAGCAACUCGAGAAAAUCCCCUUACAAAAAGUGCAAUCAGUAUUCUACAAGAGAGUAACAGAGACGAAGUAAGCAGACUUUUUGUUUGCGCUCGCGGUGCUGGAGUUUCUGGUGCUUUAAGUGGUUCUGUUCAUGGAUUAGAAGGUUCUCAAUCUUUGCGACGAGCUUCCAGUAUAAGACGAACUUUUACUGCCGUGAAGCGAAAAAACAUUUGCUUACAAAUAAAAUUCACUGUCGAUGGUCUUAUUGAAACAUUAAGGAGAACGAGAGUGAAAUUUAUUCAUUGUUUUUUACCACAACACAAUGCAGGAUGUACGGAAAACAAGAGCGUUUUGUCCGUUAAGUCAAAUCAUAACGAAGACAAUUUGAUUAAUAUUCCAUUGUUACGAUCCCAGGUAAGAGGUAGCCAAAUUUUGGAAGCCGUUCGACUUCAUAAAGUCGGUUUUCCAAAGUUCAUGCCUCUUAGUGAAUUCAGAAGACGCUUUGCAUUAUUAUCCAGCGACUCUGCAGCUCGUCCUGGAAGUCCAGUGGCAGACGAACGACGAGCUGUUGAAGAUAUGCUUUUAUCCGUUGAUGUCGAUCCUGCUUCUUAUCGAGUCGGUCAGAGUCAGAUAUUUUUCCGGACUGGUGCGCUCGAGCGACUCGAGUCUCAGAGGGAUGAGAAACUCACGGGACAUAUUAUUCUGCUGCAGGCGAGAUGCAGGGGUUACCUCGCGCGCCGGAAACUCAACACGCUCAAGCUCCAAGAUUUGGCGGUCAGGUGCAUCCAGAGGAACGUGAGGAAGCUGAUGUCGGUGCGCGAGUGGCCCUGGUGGAGAUUGUACGUGAAAGUGGCGCCUCUGCUAAACGUUCACCGGACCGAGGAUCAGUUGAAAGCGAGAACGGAGGAACUGGAGGUGCUGCGAGCCAAACUCGAUCGUCUGGAACAGGAGCGCAACCACCUGAAGCACGACAAUGACAGGCUGGAGGCCAAGCUAAGCGAGAUGACGGCGGACUUUGCGGAGGAGCACUCGACGUCGACACUCGCCGCGGAGCGCAUCGAUGCCGAGCAGUCGGAACGGCUUCGUCUGGAGCGCGAGCUCCAGGACGUAAGCGACACCAACAAGAGCCUCCAACAGCAGGCGGAGCGAUUAGAGAUGGAGCUUUUGUACGCGCGCGCAGCCGAUCUCAACGGCAUCGCCUCCGACGCCGAGGACGGCGAGGACGGCGGUGUUUACAAACAGAGAUAUCAACACGCAAUGAGGGAGCUCGAGUUCACCAAGCGGAAGAUGGCGCAACAACACGAGGACGACCUCGAGCAGCUCGUCGGCCUCAAAAAGCAGCUCGAGAAGAAGUUGGCUGACGCUUACGAGGAGGUGGAGGAGCAACGGCAGGUUGUCGGCCAGUGGAAGCGCCGCGUGCAGAAGCUCAACGGAGAAAUGCACGAUCUGCGAUUGCUCCUGGAGGAACAGACGGCGAGAAACAAUCUGCUGGAGAAGAAGCAGCGGAAAUUCGAUUCGGAGACCCAGAAUCUAAUGGACGACUUACGACAAGAAAAGGCCCAGCGCGAGAGACUCGCUCGUGAAAAGGAAAUAGCGAUUGCCGAAAAGUUUACGAUCGAGCAGAAUUUAAGCGAUGCCAGACUGGAGAUUGAGCUGAAGGAAGAGCGACUGCAUAAUAUAAGCCAGGAGCUCGAGGAGCUGACGUUCGGCGGGAAAACGGAGGAGGAGGUAGCCCAGCUGAAGAAGGCCAAGCACGAGCUCGAGAAGAAGGCGAAGGACCAGGAAGAGGAACUCGAUGAUCUCGCCGGUCAGGUGCAGCUGCUCGAGCAGGCGAAGCUGCGCCUGGAGAUGAGCAUCGAGCAGCAGCGCAAAGAGAUGCGCAAGGAGAUGCAGCAGCGGGACGAGGAGCUCGAGGACGUGCGCGGCAGCGCCAUGAAGAAGGUGAAGGCCCUCGAGGCGCAGCUGGAGAACGAGCACGAGGAGCGGACGAUCGUACUGAGGGAGAAGCACGAGCUCGAGCGUCGACUGGUGGCCCUGGAGGAUCAGGACCGAACCGACCGAGCCGCCGACGCCGAGACUACGCAAAGAUUGAAGCGAGACUUGAAAAGAACUCGGGCGCUGCUGAGGGAUGCGCAGACGAUGCUCGAGCGCUCGAAGGGUGACUCAACCGGCAAGGCGGCCCUUCGUCACCUGAAGAACCAACUGGAGGACGCGGAGUGCGCUCGUGCGGUGACCGCCAAGGCCAAGCAGGCACUCGAGCAAGACCUGAGCGAGACGCAAGCCGCUCUGGAAGAAGCCUCGCGUCAGCGCUCCGAGGCCGAGGAUCGUGCGAACGUUGCAAACCGAGAGCGUGCUGAGCUGUUGUCGCAGCUGGAGGAGAACGAAGAGGAAUUGGCCGAGGUGCUGAAGAAGUAUCGCGUCGCCGUGCAGCAAGUCUCCGCCGAGCAGGCCCAGCUCCAAGAGGCCCAGGUCCAGAUGGCGGCCCUCGAGGCCGAGAAAUCGUCGCUAAAAGAUCAGUUGUCGGAAUUGAGCCAGCGUCUCGAGUCGGUGGAGCAGCUCGGCGAUCCGACGGCCAACAGCCUCGCGACGAGGCGCCUCGAGUUCCGCACCAAAGAGCUCGAGAGCAAACUCGAGCUCGAGCAGACUACGAGGGCUCGACUUGAGACGCAAAUAGCGCGACUAAAGGAGAACGUAGAGAAGCUCCAAUCGGAGACAGCCCUCCUGCGCACGAAGGAGCAGAGCGCCCAGGACGCGGCGCGCAGACUGCAGCGCACGCUGCGCGAGGUGCGCGAGGAGGCGACCUCGGCCUCGGCGAAGGAGCAGGAGGCGACGCGGGCACGUCGCGACCUGGAGAAGGCACUCGAGGCAUCCGAGGCGGAGACUAAGGUCGUCAAGGACGAUCUGCGACUGGCUCUGCAGAGGAUCGACGACUUGCAAAGCGCCAUUCAAGGAGAGCUUGACCUCGACUGCAGCGAGGAGGCUACCAGUGAUAACAGCGACAGCGAUUGAUCCAUGCCAAUAACGGACUUCGGGUCCGAUGAUGAAAACGUCGAGGAACGAAAUGGCUGAAACUCUGGAAUUUGGAGAGAAUAUCCAACUCCGAUGAAUCGACUGAAAAUCAAAGCAUUACGCGCGGAAAUGCGUAGAAUUGCGACGUUCAAAAUAAGUUUAGCCUUAAUUUCACAUUUCUUAUGCGGGAGCGCGUACGCUUCUUUAAGUAUAAUAAUCAACGAGAUGAAGAAGGGGGGGGGGGCUACUAAUAUCCGAUAUGGUUUGUAAUAUCGCAGCCCCUUUAACGUUAAAUGUUAGUUUUUCUAUGAAAGCCACGAAAGCCUGUGUAACGGAAAAAGGUGAAUUUUGUACUGCCGACGAAAGGAAGAUGGAUAAUAUUAAGAAUUGGUGCUAGCGCUCUUGAAUUUCGGGAUACUAAGGCGUUUCGAGUUCAAUCUUCCCAAAGUCUUCCAAGUCAAGGAAUUCACAUUUCGAGCGCGAAAGUGCAAUCAGGUUCAACCUUCAUAG